GAACAGGAAGCGCAUCACUGCUCAGUUACGUGUCACGUCAAGAGGUUCUGUACACAAAUAUCACGGACAGCUUAAUUUCUAUCACGAGAUGUGAUCAUUCACUGAGAACGGACCUAAGCUCUUUCUUCAGAUAUCGUCCUGACAGUCUGCUAACUCUGCUUGUGUCAAUGGCGUGUCUUGUGCCAGUUUGACGGGUUACAUGUGAAAGAGAGAGAGAGAGAGAGCAGUCAGGAUGAGUGGCGUGGCGCUCGCGCUGGAGGUGGUGGUGGUGUUCUUCCUCGCGCUCUUCCUGUUGCACCGCUAUGGAGAUUUUCGCAAGCAGCAUCGGAUGGUCCUGUUCGCCACCCUCCUCGCCUGGUUCCUGUGCUUCCUCAUCGUCUUCAUCCUUCCGCUGGACGUCAGCACGACCAUAUAUAACCAGUGUGAGAUUGAUAAUCAGGUCCACCUUGUGGCGAGCAACACUUUCAUCCGUGAUAAUUCCUCCAACGCUUCGGUAUUUCCGACACAAAGGGUCUCAAAGUCUUGCCAUAAGCCUUGGAGUUACAUCCCAGAUGGAAUUCUUCCCGUGUUUUGGAGGGUGGUGUACUGGACGUCACAGUUCCUGACAUGGCUCUUGAUUCCCUUCAUGCAGUCGUAUGCGCGCUCAGGAGGAUUCUCCAUCUCAGGGAAAAUAAAAACAGCCCUGAUAGAAAAUGCUAUUUACUAUGGCACAUACCUGCUUAUCUUCUGCUCCCUGCUCAUCUACGUCGCCGUCACUCCGAAGUGGCACCUCUCCUGGUCUGACUUGCGGACGAUCGGCAUUACCGCCGCCAACACCUGGGGGCUGUUCCUGCUGGUGUUGUUGCUGGGAUACGGCCUGGUAGAAAUCCCGCGCUCCUAUUGGAGGGCAUCGUGCCACGGGCAGCUGCUGGCAAAGACGUACUUUAAAGCAGCAAAACUGAUGACGGAAAAAGCAGAUGCCGAAGAAAACCUGGAAGAUGUUAUGGAGGAUGUCAGAACAGUUAAUGAAACAAUCAAAUACAAUCAUCCUCUACGCAAAUGCAUUGACACUAUUCUCAGAAAGUGUCCUGUUGAAUACCAGGAAAAGUUGGGCAGAAACAUGGAUGAUUAUGAGGACUUUGAUGACAAAGGAAACCCUUAUCCUAGUAAAAAGAGUUUAGUCAAACUACAUAAACAGGUGAUCUAUGCUGUUCAGAGGCAUAACCGCACACAAGUUCAGUGGCAGAUUCUAUUGGACGAGGCUUUUCACUUAGAGGAUGUGGCCAAAAAUGAGACAAGCUCCACCCACCAGUUUGUUCAUAGCUUCCCCUCUGCAGAACCGCCUGGAUGGAUCAGCAAGUACCUGUACACGCCCACCGUGGAGUGGUACUGGGAGUGUGUUUUCCGGCGCUGGUGUUAUCGCGUGCUGGCUGUGCUUUUAUGCAUGUUCUCUGCAGCAGUGGUCUGGUCUGAAUGCACCUUCUUCAGCACACAGCCCGUUCUGUCUCUCUUCGCUGUCUUCAUCCAGCUCGCAGAGAGAGACUACAACUACGUUUACAUAGAGAUGGCGUGUUUUGUCACCAUAUUCUUCUUGUGUUACUGCGUGUACUCCACCGUGUUCCGGAUCCGAGUCUUUAACUACUAUUACCUGGCCCCUCACCACCAGACGGACGCCUACAGCCUGCAGUUCAGCGGCAUGUUGUUUUGCCGUUUGACGCCUCCGCUGUGUUUGAACUUUCUGGGUGUGAUUCACAUGGACUCCACCAUCUCCCAUCAGCAGAGAAAGCAGACAGCGUACAAUUCAAUAAUGGGAUCCAUGCAGGUCCUGUCAUUCAUCGCUAAUGGAUUUUAUAUUUAUUAUCCUAUGCUCAUCGUUUUGCUCUGCAUUGCAACUUACUUCAGUCUGGGCACACGCUGUCUGAAUUUGCUGGGCUUCCAGCAGUUUAUGGGUGAGAAUGAUCUGACCUCUGACCUGGUGGACGAGGGGAGAGAACUCAUCCGGAGAGAAAGAAGAAAACGGCAGAGAACAGAGGAUGGCGAGAACAGACGGAGAGAUUGGAGGGAACGCUACAGUGAACAGAGGGAAAGAUACGCCGGGAGGAGCAGAAGUGUGUACUCGGAGCUGAAGGACACGGACGGCUCCAGCACAGACCCUGGCAGAGCUCAGUCUCGUAGAGAUCGAAACGACAAGGUUGAAUUACUACAAGACGUUGAACCGUUGGACUUCACUGGAGAAGAACCGCUGGAAACAGAUAACAGGAGGUACGCUGGAGGACAUUACCUCUCGACCUCUGCAUCUCGUAGCCGCAUCUUUGAUGAUGUAUGAGAACAAAGAAAACAAUAAAGGGAAACUAUUUGCACUUUUUAAUCUACACACUCUUCCUGAAGUGUCCAGUGAGAGACUGCAGCUUUAACACUUCUGUGUGUCUCUUUGUAUGAGUUUUCUGUAUGUGUGUGUGUGUGUGUGUGUGUGUGUGUGUUGCUCUUACCUCCCAUUGUCCCUUUACUUCCAGAUGAAGCCAAAAUAGCAACAAACUGUAGUGCACUGAAGGUACAGCAUCUUCACAGCAGUGACGGUUACUUUACAUGCAGAGGAACAUUUAAUGUGGCUGAAAAGGGAAGAAAAAGUGUCACGUUAGUCUCUUUAGAAUCUUAUUUUGAAGUUUAAAGAUUCAGUUUUGAUCUCUGACCUUUCACCAUCAGGAUGAGAACUUGUUUGACCAGUAAAUGACCUACAGGCAGAGAUGGGCACAAAUAUAUCAAAAAGUAUUUAGUUACAAAUUACAAAUACUUACUCAUCAAAUGUAUUUAAAUAAAAUACAAAAUACUGCUGUGAAAAAAGGUAUUUAAUUAAAAUACAAGUAAUUUGUCAUUUGAAAAUACAAAUAUACAAACAAAAUUUAUACACAAUCACAAGUGCGAGAGUAACAGUGGAGUUCAAAAUCACUAACAACUAUUUAACAGUAGAAUUAAGAAAUUCUAAGAAAUUCACCCACGGAUAUAACUGCGAUCCACGCAUCGCUAGACAGCGCACGUCAUGCUUUAGCUAGCAAAUCAAUUCACAAGUUCUAGCCAUUUGCGUUAAUCUUCUGUCCUAUAAUGACAUUCAGUGAAUAAUAUCUGAUAGUAUAUUUUACUAGAUACUUUACCUUAAAGCAGUUUGACUGAGCACAAAAGCAGCUUCUUUACCUGCUUCUGACCUUGCUAUGCAAAGUAAGACAGACAUCACUCAUGAGCUCCACAACCGAAACAGCAGCCACCUUUUACGGUGCAUUCACACAGGCCAUCAGCGUUAAUGCUUUUCUUUUACUUUGAAUGGGUGAUGUUGCCGAACUGAAUUGUGGGUCGCUUGACUCGCGUUGCUCGCGGCAGCAGUUGAAAAUUUCUCAACUUUUCAAGCACCAACGCAAGCGUCAGCCAAUCAGAUUGCUUAGCGUUGACGCCAAUGCCCUGUGUGAAUGCACCGGUUCCUCCUGAGCCAAAACAAUGAGCUUAUGCUGCGUUCAUGCCGUAACUAGUGUAAUUAAGAGAUGGCAACCCGUGACGUUAUACUCGGAGUGGUUCGUGACUGCGUUUCAAUGGCAACACUAUCAAUGCCGAACUAAAUCUGCAGCAGUCAGAUGCUACAUGUCAGUGCUCUCUAAGUUGUUUAUGUUCAUUAUUAUUGCAAUGUUAUGUGCUUUGAGACAUAAGGUAGUUUAAUGCAGUCUCUCAUGACGCUUUUGCUCCCUGCGGUGCGCGUUCAUGUGUUUUGGAGGACGCGUGGCUUUAGAGACGCUCUGAAGGGAGGUUGGGAUUCUUAUGCUUGCAAAGCUAACUCGCUAUUGCUAGCUUCUCCGAAAAUGACCUUCCCUACCCUUAAACCUGGUGAUGAAAGUUAUUGUAUGCGAGAAUAAAAUAAUAUAUUUGAAUAUAUUUGAAAUUUUUUAAAUACAAAAUACUGUCUCUAAAAUUAUUUAAUUACAAAUUACAUUUGAUUUUUCUUUAAGGAAAAUACAAAUUACAAAAGUAAUUAAAUACGUAUUUUAAAUACAUUUAAUUAAAAUACUGCCCAUCUCUGCCUACAGGAAAUGCUUCUGUCUUUUGUUUGAGUAUUUUGUUUAAUUGUUCAUUAUUUAACAGAUCAGACUUUAAAGUUACUGAUAAAAAUAUGAAGAAAAUAUCUCAUUUUGGUUAUUCAGCUCAUGUUUUGUACUGUAAACUUCAAAGCUGUUUCAUCAAAAGUGAAUGCAUAUAACAAGAAUGCUGUUUUACUAUUUCAGUUAUGUUCUAUUUAUUAUAAAUGUCUCUGAAUUAAUAUUAAAUAACUGCUCAGAGCUACUGACAUUUUGAAGGACAAUUUGUGCUUUUUAUUAUUUUUUUUUUUUUUGAUGUCACAAAUCUGUAUAGCAGCUGUUUGAUCAUUUUCUUUCUUUUAUUUGUGUUCUUGUUUGUUUGCAUUUCCUCAAUACCUCAAAUAAAUAUUCCUGAGAUCUUAA